UCUACUACCACAACCUUGAACGGUCAGUAUUUUAGCGAUUUCAUCAAAAAAUAUUCGUAUUUGAUUCCGAAAUACAAACACGAAUAGAUACAUGUGUGAAGCGAUGGAUGUUUUUAAAAACGUAUAUCCCGUGUUAGCAGCAGUGUUUGUUAUUUAUAUUGUUUACAAAUUUUUAAAAAUACGUACUCUUUUAAAAAAAGUUUAUAAGUUGCCAGGACCUCCGAAACUGCCGAUUUUUGGAAAUUUCUUUGAUUUAUUCUCACUGGAUACAGUGCAACUAUUUAAAAAAUUUCGAGAAUGGGGUCAAAAAUACUCUCCAGUUUAUUCAUUUGUUGUAUUUAACAAGGCGAUAGUAUGUAUCUCUGGAGCUGAAGAGUUCGAGAAAAUCGCCGCUGGAUCUAAACAUCUUAGCAAAGGAUUUAGUUACUCACUUGUAGAACCAUGGCUUGGAAAAGGUCUUUUGACAAAUUCAGGUUCCCUGUGGCAGCAAAGAAGAAAGAUUUUGACACCUGCAUUUCACUUCAGUAUUUUACAGGAGUUCGUAAAAGUGUUUAAUAAAGAGACUGCUAGGUUAGUCGAGAAUAUCAAACAAGAAAAUAAGAAAUCGGCCACAAAUAUAGUUCCAUUAAUUUCUCAAACCGCUUUAAACACUAUUGCAGAAACAUCUUUUGGAACAACGCUAGAUAUGACCAACAAAGACGACAAAAAUUACGUAUCUGCAAUACAUGAAAUGGGUGAAAUCUUGAUAUACAGAAUAGUAAGACCUUGGUUCCAUUCUUUAUUUGUAUUUAGUAUAUUAUCUUCUAUUGGAGCUAGACUCAAACAAGUCUUAUUAACGCUGCACAGCUUUACAGAACGUAUUGUACUAGAAAGAUCAAGAGAUUUUAAACCUUUUGAAGUUAAUACAGAUGGCGACAUAAAGAGGAAAAAACUAGCUUUUCUAGAUUUAUUGUUGAAUGCAAAAAUUUCCAAGGGUAUUAUCGAUGACCAAGGUAUUAAAGAUGAAGUGAAUACAUUUAUGUUUGAAGGGCACGAUACAACUGCCACAGGUUUAUCAUGGGCUUUACGUCAAUUGGCAAUACAUAAAGAAUAUCAGGAUCAAAUUUAUGAAGAAAUUAUAUCUGUAUUAGGAGACGCACAAAAACAACCAGACCUAAACGACCUAAAUGAACUAAAGGUAAUGGAACGAUUUAUUAAAGAAACUCUACGUCUUUUCCCCGCCGUGCCUUUAAUAGCAAGGACGUUAGAUGAAGAUAUAGAACUAAAUGGACAUUUGAUUCCCAAGGAAGCCACUAUUGAUAUCUGGAUUUAUGACAUUCACAGAAAUCCGAAAUAUUGGCCAGAACCUGAGAAGUUUGAUCCCGAUCGGUUUUUACCUGAAAAUUGUGUGAAUAGACAUCCAUUUGCUUUUGUACCUUUCAGCGCUGGACCCAGAAAUUGUAUUGGUCAGAGAUUUGCAAUGUAUGAGAUGAAAGCUAUUCUUUGUGGAAUUAUGCAGAAUUUCUCAGUGGAACUCGCUGAUAAAAAUGAAAAAGUUGAAAUAAUAACUGAUUUAGUGCUAAGGAGUGCACACGCAAUUAAUUUGAACUUUAUACCUCGUACGAACUAAUAUUGUGAUUUUGUGAAUUGUAACGAUUAAAUAAUUUGUUAUUAUAUAAUUUAUUAUUGAUUGUAUUAUUGUUAUUGUGUUUUUACUUUGUUAUCAUAAUUAAACUAUAAUAUUUUACAUGAUGCAUUGUUUAAGACUGAUAAGGAUAUUUUUCUUCUUCUAUGAGAGCGUAGGGUGAAGACAUUUUGGAAAUAUGAAAUAUAGAUAUUAACAAAAC